AAUGCGUCAAUCGAAUAAUAAAUAAACGAAGGAAUCGGCUGCGCUCCGGCGAAAUCAUUAAAAAUUAAUUGAAAAACCGCAAAACCAGCGCCGAAAAAGUGUGUAACCAGCUGGAAAAUUAGCCCAAAGUGUCGCGUUCAACGCUCGCAUAGCCGAAACUCGUGGUUUUACGUGCAAUUCAAGUGAUUUUCCAUCGCAGCAGCAGCAGCAUAUGUACACACUCACACUCACACUCGCACACGCACACCACCCCAGUCCGCCGUGUAUAUACAUCUGUAGGUGCGUUAUGUACAAAGUAUUAUAAUUAUAAAAUUGCAAGUGAGCCCAAGAGUGUGUGUGUGUAAAGUGCAAUAGCCUGGGCGGAGAGUUCGGAGCGGAGUGUGUGCGGUGGAGAGUGGAGAAAAGCAAAGUGAAGUGAAGUGCGCGGCGCUGCUCCAGGAGAUUCAUAUUCAUCCGUUGCCAUGUCUGGUCAAAGGGCUGCUGGGGCCGCUGGCUGCUAGGGCAAGCAAGUGGAUAUCUCGCCACGGAUAAGGACACACAGCGAAGAGGAGUGCCAGCAGGAGGAGCAGGAGCAGGGAUAGGAGUUGCCGUCGCAAGCGCUUCGUCUCCGCAAGUAUGCAUUGGCCAGAGGCGGCAACAUGCAGCAAGCUUAGAGUGCCCGCGGGCAGCAACACAUAACCCCCGUCAUAUCAACAUCUACAUCUACAUCAUCAACAUCAAGUCCAAGACCAAGACCAAGAUCAAGACCAACUCAAGAACCCUGUCACACGCCUCCCUUGCCUCCAGGAGCAGCAGCUGUAACAACUGGGCGCCCAUUGCGGAGUCCCAGCCGGAGGAGCAGGAAUCUUCCCGCGGCGGAGGAGCAGUCCGGUAGUCUGGAAUGUUGGAACACCCCCAGCGGUUUGUGCGCAACAUCCCCGACUCCUCAGCCAGCAGCAGCAGCAGCAGCUCGCAUCAUCAGUAUCCGCCACAGCUGCCGCAGCAUCAGAAUCUGAACCAGAAUCAGAUUUACCAGUACCGUCCCCAGGUGCCAGUUCCAGGAUCACCUGCCCACCAUCAGCGGCACUCGUCGCUGUCCCAGCAACAGCAGCAGCAGCUGCAUCACCGCACCCUGUCCACCGCCUCCACGUGCAGUGCCCAGCACAAAAGUGUGACCUUCGGCCAGCCAGCGCUUGACUGCGGCAACGGCAGCGGAAGCGGCAGCGGGAACUCCUCCAGUGGCAGUGCCGCAGGAAACGCUGGAACCCAACCAAUGGCGGGCAACAUGAAGCACGGCAAAUCUCAGGAAGACGUGUGCUAUGUGGUAGCCAAGUACGACUAUGCGGCGCAGGGUGCUCAGGAGCUGGAUCUGCGCAAGAACGAGCGCUACCUGCUGCUGGACGACUCCAAGCAUUGGUGGCGUGUCCAGAACAGCCGCAAUCAGUCCGGCUAUGUGCCCAGCAACUAUGUGAAGAAGGAGAAGCCCUCGCUCUUCGACAGCAUUAAGAAGAAGGUGAAAAAGGGCUCCUCCGGAUCAAAGACUUUGCCCAAUUGCUCGCCGUCGCGUCAAGUCGAGAGUCCAACCAUGUCACGGCGCCUGCCACCGGAUCCCGCCGAUGCCAUUGGCACUGCGGUCGUCAAGUACAACUAUCAGGCCCAGCAGCCAGACGAACUUUCGCUGACCAAGGGCACGCGAAUCCUCAUCCUGGAGAAGUCCAACGAUGGCUGGUGGCGCGGACAGAGCGGCAAUUCGGUGGGCUGGUUCCCCAGCAACUACACAACGGAGGAUUGUGAUAACGAUGGCGAGAUCCAUACCUAUGCCAUGGCCGAGAAUGUGCUCGAUAUUGUGGUGGCGCUGUACAGCUUCACGUCGAACAAUGACCAGGAGCUGUCGUUCGAGAAGGGCGACCGCUUGGAGAUUGUGGAUCGGCCCGCCUCCGAUCCGGACUGGUACAAAGCUCGCAACAACCAGGGCCAAGUCGGUUUAGUUCCACGCAAUUAUCUCCAAGAGUUGAACGAUUACCUGGCCACGCCCUAUCGCAACACGAGUGCCGGUGGCAGUGCCGGCAAUGGAAAUGGUGGUUCCAGCAAUAACGGUGCCGGCGGAGGCGGUGGCGGCGGCGGUAGCGACUCCAUGGAGCGACGCAACGAGGGCAACAACAAGUCGUCGGCACAAUCUUCCUCCGGCCAGCCCAUCGAGCGUCCCAACUUGGCAGGCAAGUCAUGGUACUACGGGGCAAUCACCAGGAGCCAGUGCGACACCGUGCUCAAUGGCCAUGGCCACGAUGGCGACUUCCUGAUCAGAGAUAGUGAGACUAAUAUGGGCGACUAUUCGGUUUCGUUGAAGGCACCCGGACGCAACAAGCACUUCCGGGUGCACGUGGAGCAGAACAUGUACUGCAUCGGACAGCGCAAAUUCCAUUCGCUGGACCAGCUGGUCGAUCAUUACCAAAGAGCGCCCAUCUACACAAACAAGCAGGGCGAGAAGCUGUACUUGGUGCGAUCGCUGCCCAAGGCCAAUGGAACGUAAGCAGCCAAGCCAGGAUCAGCGCGGAAUCUCAGCAUCCACAGCAGCAUAGCACCCGUAUUCAGCAGACACACAAAGAUUAUACCAAGGCUAACUUAUAGGCAGCAGCUCAGCAGCGCAGCGCAGCGCGUAAGCGACGUGUAGUUCAAUGUAGUUUGGAUCCAGAUUCAUUUUGGCUUUAGAUCAGACUCAGACCAGCGUGUGUGUAUAUAGAUCGGUUGGUUCUCGACCCCUCUUUUUGUACUUUUAUAUAUUUAAAAAUUAACUAAAUUACUAAAUUACCACGCUUACUUAUCCGCAUUGGCUAUGUUAAACGUUAAACGAGGAGGCAGGAAUAACCAAGCAAGAUUCGGUGUCGUCAACAUGCAAUACAUUUACAUAUUUACAUAUACCAUGUGCACAUAUUAUACUAUAUUCUAAAGCCACGUUUGUAGCGAAGACGACUAAUGUACACAGCAGUUAGAGGAGAUCGCUUUUAACCAAAACACAUGAGAAUAUAUGAUAUAUGAUGUCUAUUAUCCGUGCGCAUACCGUAGGCAAACUAGGAAUGGUAGCAAAAUAUCGACUAUAUCGAUGCUGUAACGAUUUCUGCCGAUAUAUAAAAUGAGAGAGACUCAACUCAAUCGCUCCUAACAGUCAUUUUUGUUAUUUAAACAUUAUUUAAUCGAGUACGACGACAUAACCAACAAAUUACAAAUGAUAUCUCUGAUAAUUAAAAGCAUAAUCUUAAUCGUUUACCGGCGCGGAGAGCGGCGUAUAAGCCAUACUUGUACAGUUGAGGCAAUUGCUAACCUAUAAUAGGCACUCAUCUCCUUCAUCUCUAGACAUUAUUUGCGAUUUAUCACUUACGAUUUACACGAUUACGCAGCGAUUCCAGCUUUAACAAACAACCAGCUAUUUUGUUGUUUUCCUCUAAGUUUACGUUUACUAUUAUUAUUAUUAUUAUGAUUAUUAUUUUGUUUUUAUUUUAGAUUUAGGAGAGUAAGUUUAGCAAAAGCGAAAGUAAGAAAGAGCGAAAAUAGAGUGGCUGCCAGUUAAAGGACUUUUUCAUUUUCAUACGCGAAUUUUUAAAUUAUAAAUCUAUAUUAUUAUACGAGUACGUAAAGCAUAAAACUUAAAUAAUUUAUAAUAGUAAUUCAAGACAAUUGCUAAACAACCAACAACUAGUACUAAAGACGAAGAAGAGAACAAACUAGAAAUUAUACCGAAACGGAAAUGAAAAUAAAAACACA